UAGUGUGAACACCCAUUUAGUUUCUCCUCAAACGUCACUGACUGCAUUCUUCUCUUGGCGGGUGGCGAGAGCAGAGCAUCGGACAGAGGAAGGAAGGGAGAGAGAGACAUCUAUACAGACAGACAGAGAGAGAGACAUCUAUACAGACAGACAGAGAGAGAGACAUCUAUACAGACAGACAGAGAGAGAGACAUCUAUACAGACAGACAGAGAGAGAGACAUCUAUACAGACAGACAGAGAGAGAGAGCCAGGCUGGAGAGUCCGAGAAGAGGCUGACACUUCACACAGACGCUCCCGCUCAGCUGUGGGUGGACUAUCCCCCCCGUGCGAGUGUGAAGGUGGAGACGCUCGAGUAUUUGCAGCAGAGCUGCACACAAAGGCGAAGGCUUUACGCACACGCGUCCACAGACGAGCCGCUCGCGUGCGUAAAAGCCCGUUCGGGUCCGGCUGAUUCCACAUGUGUGGUGCGCAUGGUCCACGGUCACGCUCCGUUACGAGCAGCUGAUCGGGCGAGUAGCAGUGACGCCGUGAGCUAUGAGAAAAGCAAUCACCGAUGUCGCCGGGCAGCCUCACAGUCGGAUCGUCGCCGCCUGGACAUUGUGAAGUGCGAGCUCGAAGGCGGUCGUGUGGGUCACCAAGAGCCCUGAAAGGAUUAGAUCCGAGAAAUAUCCUAACCUACGAUCAUUGGCCUCAUCUCGAACCGAUGCAAAUAAACAACAACAACAACAACAACAACAACAGCAGCAACAACAACAAGACGAAGAAUCGCACGACCAAUGAACGCAGUGACCGCCGCCACCUGCCUGCUCGCCGCCGGCGUCGGCUGCUUCCUCUGCGGCAGCGAUGUGUUGUCAUCGCUGCUCCGCGUCUCUGUUGCAGACCCUUCCUCCAUGCCGGAGCCGGGAGCCGCUCCGCGGCGGAGCCCGCAGGGAGUCCCCUACAGCGAGCUGCGGCACCUCGUCAACGCCGACGGACUGCACCUGUUCUGCCGCUACUGGGAGCCCGCCGGCCCGCCAAGGGCUCUGGUGUUCAUUGCCCACGGAGCCGGGGAGCACUGUGGGCCGUACGACGAGAUUGCGCAGCGGCUGAAGGAACUGUCCCUGCUGGUAUUUGCACACGACCACGUGGGCCAUGGUCAGAGCGAAGGAGACAGGAUGAACAUCAAAAACUUCCAGGUUUACAUCAGAGACUCCCUGCAGCACAUCGACCUGAUGAAAUCCCGCCACCCCGACCUACCCGUCUUCAUCGUGGGUCACUCCAUGGGCGGUGCCAUCUCCAUCCUGACAGCCUGUGAGAGGCCCAGUGAUUUUGCUGGAGUGGUUCUGAUAGCGCCGAUGGUCCAGAUGAACCCGGAAUCUGCCACACCGUUCAAGGUUUUUCUGGCGAAGGUCCUGAACCACUUGCUUCCCAGCCUCACCCUGGGCACUAUGGAUUCUAGAUGGGUCUCAAGGGACAAGACGAAGGUGGAGGCAUAUGACACGGAUGAGCUGAACUUCCACGGCGGGCUGCGGGUGUCGUUCGGCAUGCAGCUGAUGGGGGCUGCGACUCGCAUCGAGAGGGAGAUCCCGUCCAUCAACUGGCCCUUCCUGCUCCUGCACGGCGAUGCUGACAAGCUCUGCGACAUCGGAGGCUCGAAGAUGAUGUUCAAAAACGCCCCGAGCUCAGACAAGAAAUUGAAGGUCUAUGAGGGAGGCUACCACGCCCUCCACCACGACCUGCCAGAGGUGGCUGAGUCCACGUUGAAGGAGGUGACCAGCUGGAUCACCGAGCACCUGCCCGCCAAGAAAUCACCGCAGCCGCAAGGCUCGUAGACUUGAAACUGGCCCAACCCAGUCAGCUCUCCAAUGUGACAACCAACCUUGACGGCUGUUCGCUUUCCAGGAGACUACCAGGCACAACAGUACUCCUUCACGAUCUAGUCUGAGAAAUACAUCGGCGUAUACUAUAAAUGGACUUUUGUUUUGUCAGUAUGAUAAAAUUCACCCUUAUGUACUUCAAACAGAAAAGAAAAUACCACUUUCUCCUGUGUACCUGGCAAUCAGCCGUGAGAUGUAGAUUGGGUGAAGGAGCCAGAAACCACUCCUCUUUAUAGAUACUAAGCAGCAGUGGUCAGCAAAACAUACAAUCAUCUGCUUACUUGCAAGCACAUGUGGUUACAAUUUCAUCAUCUUCAUCAGACCAUUCUGAAGUGCAACUCAAGACAAGUAAAGUUUAAGCUACAGUUCGAAGUGCAAUAAUUAAGUUUUUAUCUCUGUGUUCAUGCAGGAUAGAUUUUUUUUCUUUUUAAUGAAUACGCCUCUGAUCUGCACAGGGACAUUUCCUUUUUUAGUUCAUCCCCCAGUCAGGUCAGAGGUUCAGGAUCAGCAAGAGGACAGCGCCUCUGGAGUCGCUGUAGCAUCUCCAGAGAAACUCAAACCUAGUUUUCUCUCCUCCGCAUGAGCAUCUUGUCCUCCGUCUCUUCUGCCUCCUCCUCGAUUGCACUGUUUUACAAAUAUUGUAAAAUAUCACUUUUGACACAGGCAUUUCUUUUAGAGAUACUUUUAAACUUACACUCUAGGCACAGGUCACUAGGUCCAAAUAAUUAUACUGAUUUUUGGAUGUUGUAUUGUGAAUUCUUUCAAUGGAUCCCAGCAAAAUAUAUAAAUCCUUGCAUAUUUUUUACCACCAAUACAGAGAUAUUGUAAUAAUUUGUUAGUAUAGAACUUCCCCACCACCUUGAGUUUUUGACCAAUGGUCUUCUGGAUGAGUUUCUUAAUACAGUAGUACACUCACUGAUGUUCCUUGGUGAGCAAAGUUACGGUAAAUUUAUUGGAGGCAAACUAAACAGGUGAAGCUGCCUUUGUCUCUGUCUCCACAGGUGGGAAUUAGAGUGUGAGCCCAAAAGGUCAAGAACCCAAAGGUUAUGUCCUCUCUGUGGCCUUUGACCUUCAAGGUCACCAUGGGCUCGGCUGUGGAGAGUCGCUCUUUGAAGCCAUAACUUGAUUAAACUCAGGCUGCAGACUGGAGCGCAGAUGGGAAACGAGAGGGACACCUCCAUCUGUCAAUGUGGACAAAAAGUAGAUCCCCUUUGCUCAUAAAGCAUCUACCAUUUAACCACUCCACCUUAUAGUAAUGUGGCUGCACACCGUUCUACCAUGGGUGAGCACUGUGGAGACCCAGCCUCUGUCUCAGAGGCUCGUCAUCUUUUUCUUUUGUGUUUUUGGGGGGAAAACAGGAUGUUCAACAGAAUCGAGUGAUAUGUUGUAAAUAAUCCAGUUUAUAUAACAGAUACAUACAGGGCCACUGCUGCUAUUGAGGACACUGGUGUGACCUGCACUAUUUCUUUAUUUUGGGGGAGUACAAUAACAAUUUAUAAAUGUACUCAUGUUGUCUAUUUUAUAGACUGAUUGCAGUUUUCAUUAUAUUCAAUUUAUAAUUAAAUAUAUGACGACCUUCAGUCGACCUUUUGGCAACUCUCAUUCGUGAUUAAGGGGAAACUUGGUUUUCAACAAAACCACUGCAAUAAUGUCACAGUAUCCUUUAUUUUUGGUAGCUGUUGAUUAUAAGCUAAACAGACUCACUCUGAGCUCAUCAUUUGACAAUGUCUGGAACACUGUAAUUAGCCUGCGUUGCUACACUUGCUAGGCUUUUUCUACCUAUCAGUCAAGCUUGAGAACCUCUCGGCAGCAGGAGUUUCAAAGUCAACACAGUCCUGGUGGCAAUUCAUGGAAAUCAUCAGACGUUCAUAGAACUUAGUGUCUCCCUCUGCUGACUCUAGACAUCAUGCAUGUCCUGUAGAAAAUACAUCCAGUGUGCAUCCGACUGUGUCACUCUAGUGUUGUAGUUGUUUUGUAUCACUCCGACUUAAAAGGGACUCAUGCAGAGAGUGUAGUGGAGACACCAAGUGGUAUCCACGGUGACCGUUACUCAUGUGUAACCACGCCAGCAGUCCAGCAGCGAGGUAGAAUCUUUUUUUCAUUCCAUCGUAUAUGUGUAGUAACCAGGGUGAUCACUAUAAGACUGGAAGGAAGAGAUACAGUUCUCUCUCUCCCUCUCUCUCGCUCCCUGUUGUUCUCUCUUCUUUUCUUUUUUUUUAGUUGGUGUGGUGAGCAGCGCUCUUUGUUCCGUCCAUCACAGAGCCCUUUGUUCUGCUACAGAUGUAAACAUAUUUUACUGUCAGUCAUCCACACUACAUCUACACUGCCCCUAGUGGUCAAUUGGCAGAAUAGCAACAAGUCAAAUAACAUUUUUGGUUUCUUUUCCUAGCUGAUGUUUUGGGAAUUAGCUCCUAUUUAUUUAACAAGGGUCACAUCACUCAGCUCAGCUUAGUGCUAUAUGUUACCACCCCAAACGGCUUCAAGAAAGAAAAAAAGUUGACAUUUCUGAGCCGGCAUGCAAGAGUGUGACCUCUAAUUGUGGGCCUGCAAACUGUUCUCGAAUCUUGGGGCCACAUUGCCACUGGUGCAGUACAGAUGGAGAUCUAAUGUGUUCCUCAAUCCCUGUAGGAGUCAUAGCCACUUGAAACACAAUCUACUCUUGAUUGUGCUGCAGCAGGCACGCCACACGCAAAAAGGCUGCACACAGCCCCAGUAGAGUUCAGAUUCCUAAUAGCAGCCCUGCUGCACUGCAUCAGCACAGUUGAUUUCACCGGGCAGGAGCCGAUGGAACGGCGCGUUUCAAAAGCCCCACCUGACAGACUACACACAAGUGCAUAUUACUGCGAUGGGGGCGGAGAGCGAUGGAGAUGGAGUGAGGGCAGAAGAGAGAGAGAAAGACAGGAAGAGGGCUUUCAGUAACCAUGGUAGCAGCUUUUUUUUGUUCUCCUCCCCAAGCAUAAUUAACCUGUGAAAAGCAUGUUUUUGUUGAUGGUGCAGACGUUGCUGCUCUUUCAGGGCUGGCUGUCCAUUUGCUGCUCGGACAAGUCCCUUUUGUGUGAGCAUCAGGAUAAGGCAGCAAACAAUUAAACAUCAUCAGCUCACAGGGUAAGAGGUGCACACGCUCCCUGAAUUCAAAUCAGGCCCGGCUGCUGUUUUUGCUGAAAACACACACAAAUCUAUUCCUCACCCUGAAUUAAAUGGUGGAGGAGAGGAUGAGUGAAAUUAAGGAGGCCCCUUCUUUUUUCACUGUUUCAUUCCUACUCGCCUGUCGGAAAGGUGUGCUAUUCCCGACACAGUCCUUACAUCUUGUAAAGCCAUGUACUGUAAGCACCCCACCAGGAUGUCCAUGCGGAGAGGUAGCCGUGUAUAGAUGCAGUGCUCUUAUUAUGUAUUCAUCUUUUUUAUUCAGGACAGAAGUUCUAUAUUUAGUAAAGUGGGGAAAAUAAUGAGGGCAGGAAACGGAUGAAUUUAACUGACCUUUUCUGAUAAAGUGAAAUUAAUUUUCCUUGUCCUUUUCCUUAUCAAUGGGGCCAUCUGGGUUUCUUUUUGUUUGUUUUCCAUUUUUGACUUUAUGACUGUUUCUAAAUAAAAGAGCUGUUAUAUAUAUGAUGCAGGACCAAGGGGCACAAGCCAGAGAUUAGAGUGCACCGGAAAGUUUGCAUGAAUGAAGACAGCGCUAACAAGAGCAGCAAGAUUUUGGAGAGGUCUUCUCCAAAAUGCCACGCAUGCAUGGAAAAAAUAUAUUGUACUUGGUAGAAUGGUUGAUGUUGCAAUUUGGAACAACCCCUAAUUCAAAUCUUGUUGUUUUGUAAAUCAACAUUGUUGACUGAUAUGAUUCAUUUGUAGUUACUGGACUGCUUGCUUAAGGAACAUAAUUGUAAUACACUGUAUAAUUGCAUAGCAUUGCUAACAACACUUGAUGGAAAUAGAAAAAGUAUCUUUUAUUUCUCUUGUCUAGAGUAUUUAUAGGAACUAAUUUGAAGUAUGGGCUUCUAAGGCACUUUUUGUUAAUACCAUAAACCAGACACACAUGUCAUUUUUACUGUUGAAGAUUCAUGACACUUGUCAGGGUAGAAACUGGUUCAGGAUUGUAUACAUGUAAGAUUAGUAAUCCCAAAAAAUUAAUGACAAUGUUUUUGACAUGGUUUUGCAUAGAAGAGUAUUUUACUACUGUGUGUUUAUGUCGCUGUUUUCUUGAAAACACUCAAGUCUCGUUGCAGUUUGUCAGAGAACGUUGAAUGUUUAAAUUGAGUGAAAUUAAAAUGUUUCUAUUUUUUAACAAGUUUUUUAACAAGUUGGGGAAACUUGUUAUUCUUUCCCACGUUUGCCUUCACUUUAUGACUCAGAUACAGUCGUGUCCAUUUGAGCUCCUGUUGAAACUCUCUCAUAACAAACACAGUAACGUUCAAAUACAGUUUGCUUGAAGACUAAAUUGUAGAUAUCAGGUUUUCUCCCAAGAGCAGCUUUUUUAUGAGGGGAAAAAAAGCCUCUGAUUUAUUUCUUAGGAAUUCCACAUUUUCAUGGGAAAAUCCACUGAACGUUUGUCUAUUUUUGGAUUGUGGUCUUGUGUUGUUUGUGCCUUAUUACUGUGACGAAUGUGUAUCUGAAUUUCUCUGUUACUCUGGUUUUCUGACAUUAUAUCAUUAUAUCUGUGUCCAAUUCUGGUUGAGUACAAUUCUCUGUCUGAUUGUCUUUUUCCUGUCCAUGUCUUUCUGUCUGUCCGUUCAUCCAUUUGUCUGUCUGUCUGAAUUUCUGUCCAAAAUCGGUUUCUGAAUAUUUCAUAGACAUAGAUAAAACUCAGAACAACUAUUUUUUGUCACCCACAGUAUGUAGAAACAAUAGGGAACACUUUUGCCCUGCUGUGCCAUAAUGGCAUAAUGACUGUAUAACAUUUGGAACAUGACUGUUUUCCCCCUUUGGUUUCCAACAGAAAACAACAAGAACCAGAUAUGGGUUUGUGAGUCCGUCACUGUUACUGUUAUGUGUGGAAUGGCUGCUUUUCCUUGUCCUUAUUUGUUCAUGUUUGUACUGGGAGGCCUUUGUUAAGGGGGAUGAUGUUUUUCAAACUUUCCCAGUCAAUCGAGAAGUGUUGUUAAAUGAAAACGCCUAAAAUGAAAGAAAUCAUCAAAUCAAAUAACAUUUUUAAAAAACCUUCAAGGUUAAAGCUGUGGUUUAGGUUCCAUUCAAGCAAAAACUGUACAAUAACAUAUUCACAGUUGCACUGUAUGUGUUGUUCAUUACUUGUACUCUGCAGUGAAUCUGUACCACGCUAUCCAUGAAUAAACAAAUACAUAUUCGUAGUCACUGGGGAAGAUCCUCAUCUUAAUUGUGUGGGAAAUUUUGAAAUCCAUCGUCACUCAAGGAUUUUCAAUCAGUUGUCGAGGAGAACUCAGCUAUGUGAUGUAAAACCCUGGAGACAAAGUGUGAUUUGUCAAGAAUAGCAAUACUCAUCCCAAACAGACAUACAGUAUUAAUGUUAUGGAGGAUAGAGCGCUCGCUUUCUCAUCACACCGUGGAAUAAUAAUAUAAAUCCAACUCUGACAUCAACGUACAACAUAAUCACUCACAAGGUGGGAGUUGGUGUUUUCAGGCAGCACAUAAUGGACCACAUUAAAGAUCAUGUUACCACGUCACAUUCUUGAGUUGACCUUGUGAAGUCAUGUGUUGUUUGAUUUCACAGUUGGAUGUUUUUAUAUAUGUAUGAAUUUUCUCUGUGAAAAACAGUGUAGCCCAAACUUAACAAUACUCAAAUCCAAAUGUAAAUCACACUAAUGUCCGAGUCUUCUUCAGCAUCAGACAGUUGAAUUCAAGUGUGACAUUGUAUACAAGAUGUAUAUACAGUAAAAUGUGAUAAUUUACAUACUUCUGUUUAACUGAAGGCCAAACUGCUUGUUACUACAUUGUUCAUAUUCUCUGACAGAAUAAACUAUAUGACUGUUUAA